AUGCUGAAGGAGCGGUACGUACUUGACGAGGUCGCGUCCUCCGACAGAAUCGUGGCCAGUGCAAAGGAGCUCUUCGUCAAAUAUGCAGCGUGCCAAAACGUGUGGUUCGAGAUCGCCAUGAGGAUCGUGGCCGUUGCUUUGGUGGCCGCCCUCCGGAGCGAGAAUGGCCUGGAGUUCACCUUGGGCUUCACCUUGUGCACCUCGCUCGCCAUCGCCGCCAUCCGACCCUUUCGGCAGCACCAGGUCAACGACUUGCAGAGCUUCUGCUUCUUCUGUCUGGCAAUCGCUGCCUUCGCCUUCUCGACAGGCCGAGUGCUGACGGCACGCGCUGCCCUGCUAGCGCCCUGCGUAAUGGCGGCUGCGCAGGCGCUGAAGCCAGACGGCCCGGAAGCGUUGGCGUUGCGCCUCUUCCAGGAUGCCGAGGCUCAGUGGCCUUCGCUGCAGCAGGGCGAGACCUGGGAGCCCUCGCUGCGGAGCAUCAGCUUGCUCUGA